AUGACGAUGGCCACUCCUGAGCACCAAAGUCUAGCCAUGCCAAAAACAGGUACCACGUUAUCAAAGCGGGCUUGCGAUUCAUGUAGGCAACGCAAAGUCAAGUGUGAUACAGAACAGCCAUGUGCAAACUGUCGGAUAUCGCAUCUUGACUGUACCUUUCACACAAUACCUCGAAAAAGAGGUCCCAAAACACCUCGAGAAAAGGCUCUUGAGCUUCCAGCCACCAGACCACGCAUCUCAAACUCUCCUGAACGAAGCAGCGAAAGCGAUAAUACGCAGCGAACCUCCCUAGUGGCUAGCUUUAAACCGUUUUCAUCAGAGGUCCCAGUUUACUCCUUGCUGAAUCCAUCAGCUUCCGCAUCGGAAAUCCGAGGAAACCUAGUUUCCAGCGUCGCAAAAGGCCUGCCAACCUUUACCAUUAGACAGGUGGUGGAUGAAUGUAUCUCACUGUAUGUGCUGCAUACCUUUCCAGUUUGCCCCAUAUGCCACAUUCCGGCAGUAAGGGCCAUGGCAGCCACAUAUUUUCCAUUACAUGGCUCACAAGCUUUGAGCGAUGAUGCAUAUGAUAUCGGUGCAGAUAAGGACAGGGUUGCCAUCAUGAGGCCUUUUGCUCUUCUUACUGCUUUAUGCGCCACUGUUGCUUCAAUGUACCCGGAAUCUCUCUUAGCAUACCGUGAUGUUAUUGCGACCCCUUUCCUCCAAGCCUCCAGGAGUAUGCUCAAAGUGUACGAAGACUACGACGUACAACAUCCCGACUGGACGUCCUUGGCAAUCCGACUACUACAGUCUGCAGCUCUGCAACACUCAGCGGGCAAGACGCCGUUGGCAUGGCAUGUCCUGAGCCAAGCAGGUCUUUUGGCUCAAAACCUCCGACUGCAUAGCGAACAAAGCCUAUCAAAGUACGAUCUAUUGGAGGCCACACUUCUUCGAAACAAUUUUUGGAUGCUCUAUGUUUGCGACAAAGCAGCCAUUUCUCUCGCAAACCGCCCCGUCACUCUCCACGAGCCAUUGUUCGACUCAAAAAUGGAUCUUCUAGAAAGGGGUCCAAUCCGCAUGCCCUUAUUUGACCCGGAAAUGAGACAUGUUCCGGAAUCAUUUGAAGAUAAAUUGAUGGAGGGUUUCCAUUUGAUUCAACGUUUCUGGACAUUAGCUGGAAGGCUACUGCUAGCCAUUAGGUCAAGGGGCCAAAAGGUUACAUUAGACUACCCAAACAAUGAUACAACUGAGAGAACCGACAGGGAAACCAUGAUGAAGAUGUACAUUGAUGUCAUAGGCUUCUUAGACGGUUUACCCAACUGGCUAGAGUCACCGGACGCUGUUGAACUGGAACCUCAGUAUGAUGUGGCCUUCCAACGGUCCUGCUUUUGGACGCAAAAGUCUCGAUUGCUUAACAUGUUUCACGGCGUGAGGAUCAUGGUUCUUCGCCAGUGCAUUGAGUACGGUCUUACCACCCUUAUCGGCCUGAGUGACGAUCCAUUGACGUUGGCUAUGGAGCAAACCAAUAUCGCGCGGGAUGUAGUGCAGAGUCUGAAAAGCAUUCCCUUUCAAUACAUCCAAACCAAUGGAGAACCUGACAUUGAACUCAUGCGGGUUGUGGGAAGCAUCCUACUGGAACUAUCCCAAAAUGUGGAGAACGAUGUCAUUCGAGGCCGAGCUAGAUCUUUUCUUUCAUCUUUGCUUGAUAUACUUGCAAGAUUAGAUUCCAAGGCUUCAGAAGAUUUCCUCAACCAGCAAGGUUAA